GAGCGACAAACAGUAAAGAAGAUAGUGCUUCCGAAUGCAUGUACCGUAUAUCGUCUGAAGGAUUACCAUUACUUCUUCCUUACAUCAGCAAGCAAAUCCUAUGUGCAUCCUUGGCGGACUUCAAGCACCUGUUGCAGUACAGGUCUAUCAAAUUUCAAGAUUUUGUCAAUCCUCAAUUUGGCGAGAAGGCAUCAUCGGAGAUUAAGUUAGGGUGUUGUAUUGUUGUACUGCAAACAGAAGAUCAACCUACUUCAAAACCUAUGGAUGCAUCGACAAUAGCUAUUGGUUGUUGGAGAGGGAAGUCCAGUGUAAGUGUAAUGGUUCCAGAAACAGACUGCCAAGAACUUCUUGAGAGGCUUUCUGCACGUUUGGGGUUCGAGAUGGUUCCGGUGAAAGAAAAACCAACAGUUAGGAGAGGAAAGAAAGAUGAUGCUGAAGAGAAGCUAGUGAAAGAACCAGUAGAAGAAGAAGCUAUAGUUGGUUGAGUUAUUGAACAUUUUUCGUGUUUUAUUUUUCGUCACUUUUACUUACCAGUUUGAUUCAGCUGUAUUUGCAAUUAUAUGAUUCUUUUGCCAGAAAUUUGUAGUGAAAUCUGUUAUCAAAUAACUUGCUUCAUCUUGAAUAGAAAAAGUUAGAAACUAGUCUUGAUUUUCGUCAGGAUCUAGACCAAGAUUA